AUGUUAAAGCCGAAAGCAUUAACUGAAGUGCUUGGGCAAGUCAAUACGCCAAACACGAAAAGUGGUGCUCUUCUGCUUAACCGUGAAGGUUUAUUGCUCGCUUACAGUGGUUAUGACAGUGUUGGUGGAAAUGAUGCAAAUGCAACAGUAUCUGCUGCUUUGAUUUCUAAUAUUUGGGAAACUUUUGAGAGACAAGGAUUACGAGAAAAUUUGACGGAGAUGCUAGUGGAAUGCGAAAAUGGAGUGAUUGCUGUGAAACGCAUAGCCAACAUGCUUUUAGCAAUAAAAGCAGGAAGUGAAAUGCCACUUGGUCUGCUUCGAGCAAAACUUCGUGCACUUGCUGAUUAUCUUUAUACACCAUUAACUAUUGUUUCUUCCAAAGAUUAG